CCGAUACUAUUGGGAAAGAUAUCGUUUCAGUUAUGAAAUUGUUCACGUACGAUUUUCAUGUAUCUUUCAGGCCGGAAAUAAUCUAUAGUAAUCGCAGCUGCAAUGAAAGCUAUAAUUCAGAGGGUUACCCAAUUGGUGAGGAAACGGUCAGUUCCAUUGGUCAAGGGUUAUGUGUCUUGAUUGGGAUCGCAAGAACCGAUACAGAAAAGGAACUCGAAUACAUGGCAAGGAAAAUUUUAAAUAUUCGACUGUUUGAUGGAGAUGAUGGAAAGAGAUGGAACAAGAGUGUUAUUGAUAAACAGCUUGAAGUGUUAUGUGUCAGCCAGUUCACACUCACUGCAAUUCUAAAAGGAAAUAAGCCAGACUUCCAUGAAGCCAUGGGUCCUGAUACUUCUGAAAAGGCAUACCAGGAUUUUUUGCAGAUAAUGAAAAAUUCUUAUAGCCCAGAUAAAAUUAAAGAUGGUAAAUUUGGGGCCUACAUGCAGGUACAUAUACAGAAUGAUGGUCCAGUGACAAUACCUUUAGAAUCUCCAAACAAUCUCCCAGAGCCAAGAAAGAAGACUGCCUUUGUAGCACCAUCAGUCCACUCGCUCUCCAUAGCUUCAAAAGAGGGAGAUAACUCGGGAUCAUGACAACUGAAGCAGUUUUAUUCAUAAUAACAUUAAUUUUAUUUGGUACUGUGUAUCAAAGAUAAUUUACAUUGUAUUGUACAUUGAUUUGUGGUGUAUUAUCAUAUUUUUUUUACCGUAUGUAUUAUGAAUUUGAAGAUUGACUGUUUUUACAGUGUCAUGUGUGCAUGUUUAUGAAUAUGAGUGAUCUAAAGGCCUAUAAAAAAAUUUUACCUUUAGUUUCUCAGACACCGCAGCAUUAGACAGAAAGCUACUGCUUUGAUCAAUUUCAUCAAUAUAUUGAAAAGGGGAAUAACUCAAUUUUCUCUUUUAAACCAUUUCUGAUAUAGGAGUGUUUUGUGAAAUAAAAAAUUCAUUUUAGGUAAAGUAAUUAGUUCAUGCAUAUAUAUUUUUUAAUGAUGUAGUGUUUAAAACCAAUUUCUAGUCUUUGUAGUGUGUGAUUAAAAUAAGUGUACAAAAACUAAUAUUCAACUGAGUUGGUAUAAAUUCUUUCAAAUGUUUGUGUGAAAAAGAAAGGUAACUCAUGAUGCUACUUAAAAAGAAAAUCCUGCAUCCUCUAUUAAACUUUAAAAUGUUUGGUCUGAGAAACUAAAGAUAUUUUUUUUACUUGAAUUAAAAAAGCAAUCACUUCUCUCA